AUGCCAGCUGCUGCUGCCGCCAAGAAUAAUACUCAGAGCGAAAUCCAGAGUAAGAAGAUGUCAGUCGUCUCUGUUACUCCUUCUGAGGUUGAGACCAAGAAGGCCAUGGAUAUUGUUAAGAAGCUCGCCGCUGCUUCUGAUGAAGAACGUGAAGCUGUCGCCGCUGAACUUGCUGCCAUUGUUAAGGCUAACGGUAUCCUCUCUCUCAAGUCCGUUAUCGAUGCUCUCAAGAAGGACAUUGCUAGCAAGAAGAAUGCCGGUGCUCGUGCUGGUGCUAUUGCUGCUAUCGUUGCUCUUACCAACGAAAACAUCGAUAGUCAAACUGAACCCUUCGUUGUUCCUUUCCUUGUCAACCUUUUGGAACUUCAAGCUGACAAGCAAGCUGCUGUUAAGGCUGCCGCUGAAGCUGCUGCUAAGAACUUGGUUGAAAAGAUGAACCCUCUUGCUUCUCCUCUCAUGGUUCCUUACAUCCUUGAAGGUCUCGGUAACUCUUGCAAGUGGCAAACCAAGAUGCUCUCUCUUGAACUCUUGGAACUCCUUGCCAAGAAGAACUCUGCUGAAUUCAUUGUUGCUAUUCCUGAUGUCAUCCCUGUCGUCUCUGACUGUAUGUGGGAUACCAAGACUGAUGUCAAGAAGAAGGCCACUGAAACUAUGGGCGUUAUCUGUUCUCUUGUUGAUAACAAGGAUAUUGAACGUUUCAUUCCUGCUGUCAUUACCUGUAUCAACCACCCUGAGAAUGUCCCCGAGACCAUUCACUUGCUUGGUGCCACUACCUUCGUUCAAGAGGUUGACUCUGCUACCCUUUCCAUCAUGGUUCCUCUCUUGAACCGUGGUUUGAAUGAACGUGCUACCCCUAUCAAGCGUAAGUCUGCCUUGAUUAUCGAUAACAUGUCCAAGCUUGUCGAUGAUCCUGAUGUCGCUGCUCCUUUCUUGCCUCUUCUCUUGCCUGCUCUUGAAAAGGUUCAAGAUAUCGUUGCUGAUCCUGAAUGUCGUGGUGUCGUCCAGAAGGCAUUGGCUACCCUUAAGCGUAUUGGUAACCCUGGUGUCGAAGUCUUCACUAAGGAUCAAAAGAAGGUCAAGGUUGAGACCUCCAUCAAGGAACUCUUGCCUGAAAACAUGGAUGACUUCCUCAACACUACCGUUACCUUCAUGAACGACGUCGCUCUCUCCCUCUGUGUCUCCAAGAACUUCUUCAAGGAAGCCUGGAUUAAGGCCCUCGCCCCUUAUGCCAAGUCCUUCCUCUCUGCUGAAGAUGCUGAAAACCUUGCUGCCUCUGCCUUGAACAAGUGUGAGGAAGCUGUUACUCCCAAGGACCCUGAGGAAGAAGAUGAUGAAGGUGAAGAUCUCUGUAACUGUGAAUUCUCUCUUGCCUAUGGUGCCAAGAUCUUGUUGAACCGUACCGCCCUUCGUCUCAAGCGUGGUCGUCGUUAUGGUCUCUGUGGUGCUAACGGUUGUGGUAAGUCUACCUUGAUGCGUGCCAUCGCUAACGAACAAGUUGAAGGUUUCCCCCCUCGUUCUGAACUCAAGACCGUCUAUGUCGAACACGAUAUUGAUGGUUCUGAGGCCGAGACCCCCCUUGUUGACUUCAUCUUGUCCUCUGAAGGUGUUGAGACCAAGGACCCUGAAGAAGUUCGUAAGAUCCUCUUGGACUAUGGUUUCACUGAACAAAUGGUUACCAAGAUGUCUAUCGGUGAACUCUCUGGUGGUUGGAAGAUGAAGCUUGCCCUUGCUCGUGCCAUGUUGAUGAAUGCUGAUAUCCUCUUGUUGGACGAACCUACUAACCACUUGGAUGUUGUUAACGUUGCCUGGUUGGAGAACUACCUCCUUGGUCUCAAGUCUGUCACCUCCAUCAUCGUCUCCCACGAUUCUGGUUUCUUGGACCAUGUCUGUUCUGAUAUCAUUCACUACGAACCCAACUACAAGCUCAAGCGUUAUAAGGGUAACUUGUCCGAAUUCGUCAAGAAGGUCCCCCGUGCCGCCUCUUACUACUCCCUUGAGGCCUCUCAAAUCUCCUUCAAGUUCCCUGAACCUGGUUACCUCGAAGGUAUCAAGACCAAGGAACGUGCCAUCUUGAAGAUGAAGAACGUUGACUUCCAAUACCCUGGUUCUGAUCGUAAGCAAUUGAUUGACAUCUCCAUGCAAUGUUCCUUGGCCUCUCGUGUUGCCGUCAUCGGUCCUAACGGUGCUGGUAAGUCUACCUUGAUCAAGUUGUUGACUGGUGAAAUUGAAUCUGAGGUCGGUACCGUCUGGAAGCAUCCUAACUUGCGUAUCGCCUAUGUCGCCCAACACGCCUUCCACCACAUCGAGAAGCACUUGGACAAGACCCCCAACGAAUACAUCCAAUGGCGUUACGCUACUGGUGAAGAUCGUGAAGAACUUGACAAGAAUGAUCGUAUGAACGCUGAUGCCAACAAGAAGAUGGCUGAACAAGUCUUUGUCAUUGAUGCCCUCGUCGGUCGUCUCUCCUGGGUCGGUCGUUCCUCUGUCGAUAACACCUGGAUCUCUCGUCAAAAGCUUGAAGACAUGGGUUUCGCUGCCAAGAUGGGUCUUAACCGUCCCUUGACCUCCAAGGAAAUUGAAAAGCACUUGUCUGAAAUUGGUCUCGAAGCCGAAUUCGCUACUCACUCUCGUAUUCGUGGUCUCUCUGGUGGUCAAAAGGUCAAGUUGCCUCACAUGUUGGUUCUUGACGAACCUACUAACUAUUUGGAUCGUGAAUCCCUUGGUGCCCUUGCUCAAGCCAUUAAGGAAUACGGUGGUGGUGUCGUGAUCGUUACUCACAACCGUGAAUUCUCUGAAGCCCUCUGUACUGAAGUUUGGAAGGUCGACAAUGGUCGCUUGACUCCCUCUGGUCACAACUGGGAACAAGAAGCUGAAGAUAUGGCUGUUGAAAAGAAGAAGAAGUUGACUUCCAAGGAACUCCGUAAGAAGAAGAAGGAGCGUAUGGAACGUCGUAAGCGUGGUGAAGAAGUCUACACUACUGAUGAAGAACUCUAA